UUUUUUUUUUUUUUUUAACUUCGUCACCUGCACAACAUGGGGCUCUUUUGGGCUCUUGCCACAGCAUUUAUUAUUUGGAUAGAGAUGCGGGAACAGGAUGAGACUGGGAUACUUUUGUCCAGGGUAACACUUGGUGUCCUGUGAGCUGGGCCGAUAGAUAGUUGCAGUCAGGAGUCUUAUCAUCAAUCAGCAUGGCAUGAUGCGCCAGACUAUCAACAAAUCAAGGUGGCUAUUACGACGCCCGGAUAAUAAACCACGACGAGCCCUGAGCUUAUUGUCCGAGCUUAAUGUGAUUGAAUGUGAUAUCAAGGGAGAAUGUUACUGUAUCCCCCCGCACAUCUUGGCUGUCCAUGCUCCCAAAGCCUCCAUCCCAAGACACAUGGCGUCCCAUACCCCGGCCUUUCAAACACAGACCUGCAACACGACGUCCCCUUCUCCUUCUCCCACUCACCUACAGGCCACGUCCCCGGCGCCGUGCUGCUCCGCUGCCCGCUCACAGCCCCCGCAUAACCGCCCGGAUCGCCGGAGGCGCCAACUUGCAAACACGGAGAGCGGGCUGCCUGUCUAGUUUCACAACUCUGGCCCUUUGGCGCAGCCACGACCGCGCCGUUUCAGCUCGCUCGCUCAUCGUACGAGAGCGUGAGGUUCUGGGACCAUACGAACUUUUGACGGCAUCUUACGGUGUUGAAGAUGCGAGCGCGGGCGUUGUUGCGAGUGAACCGUGCUCCGAGGGCAAUGCGUAUAUAGAUGGGCUUCGACGCCGCUGUUGGGACGAGGAGAAAGAUCAUCAUCCAGAUCAAGCAACAACAACAACUUCCUCCUUCACCCCUUCUUCUCUUCUCUCACGCGGCCUGGUGCCCAUUUGUAUUCAGCCUCUCUCCCCUUUUUUAGCCUUCGCUUCUUAAUUUCCUCGUCCCUCCCUCUGCCACCUGCGCAGGUGUGGAUAAUCUACUCUUCGACUCGUUCUGUCUCUGUGUCCCCAGCUUUCCCGUCAGCCGGCCUAGGGAAAGCGAUCCAGCCAACGCGCCCCGCGAACUCCCUGCCUACUCCGGUCCCGACCUCUCCAGACCUCCGUCCGACGCCUUCGGAGUCUC